ACGUGAAACUUUGCUGAGGAGUUGGUUGGUGAUUUUGCUGUGUGCAGUUUGGUGCUCCGUUAACUCGGCAGACAAUCUAAAGCGAGUGGAUCAGUGUGCUCCCAACUAUUUUUAGAAGUUUGCCUAAUGGGGGAAAACGAAAGGGCUUGAAGAAACUGCAGAGGGAAAGUGUCGACUGCGCUGCAAUGAGCUCGCACAACACUCCGAAGUGACGGAAUAAAAAGAAGUUUUCCAGAACAGAAGUUCAAAGCUUUGCUUCAGCUCAACUUAACUUUAAAACGCAGUGGCCACUGGAGAAGUUGCUGUGCAGCGCAAUGGCUGCCCAGUGCGACACUUUAAGCGGAUACUUGCAGCAGUCGGACCAGGGCUCGAACAGUGAGCGCAGCACCGACUCUCCCCUCCCGGGAUCAGAGGAAGAUCUGAGCGGACCCCAUCCGCUGCCAGACCCGGAGUGGACUGAGGAGAGGUUUCGAGUGGACCGCAAGAAGUUGGAAGUCAUGUUAUUAGCUGCCUCUGAGGGGAGAGUCAACGGAGGGGAGGAUUUCUUUCAGAAGAUCAUGGAUGAGACCCAAACACAGAUAGCCUGGCCGUCCAAACUGAAAAUCGGAGCCAAGUCUAAAAAAGAUCCUCACAUCAAGGUGUGCGGGAAGAGGGAGAAUGUGAGGGAAGCCAAAGACAGAAUUAUGUCUGUGCUUGACACAAAGAGUAACAGGGUAACUCUGAAGAUGGAUGUCUCCCACACGGAGCACUCUCACGUUAUUGGCAAAGGUGGCAACAACAUCAAGAGGGUGAUGGAAGAGACCGGGUGCCACAUCCAUUUCCCAGACUCUAACAGGAACAACCAGGCAGAGAAAAGCAACCAGGUGUCCAUUGCAGGGCAGCCAGGAGGGGUGGAGGCAGCUCGAGUAAAAAUAAGGGAGCUGCUCCCUCUAGUGCUGUCUUUCGAGCUUCCAGCCAUCAUGCAGUCUGAUCCCAGCUCACCCACUGUGCAGCACAUCUCGCAGACCUACAACCUCACAGUCUCUUUCAAGCCCCCGACACGCCUGUAUAGGGCCACUGGCGUGGUCCGCGGCUCACAGAAUAACGCCAAUGCCGUCAAGCGGGGUACAGCUCUGCUGUUGGAGCACUUGGCUGGUAGCCUGGCAAGCACCAUCUCAGUCACCACCCACCUGGACAUCGCCCCCCAGCACCACCUCUUCAUGAAGGGCCGCAAUGGCAGCAACAUCAAGCACAUCACCCAGAGAACGGGAGCCCAGAUCCACUUCCCUGACCCCAACAGCCCCCAAAAGAAAUCUACAGUCUACAUCCAGGGCACCAUUGAAUCGGUCUGCCUGGCACGGCAGUACCUCAUGGGCUGCUUGCCUCUGGUGCUGAUGUUUGACAUUAAAGAGGACAUUGAGGUGGAGCCCCAGUGUAUCACAGCACUAAUGGAGCAGCUGGAUGUCUUCAUCAGUAUCAAACCCAAGCCAAAACAGCCCAGCAAGUCCGUGAUUGUCAAGAGCGUGGAGAGGAAUGCGGUGAACAUGUACGAAGCCCGAAAAUUCCUCCUGGGUCUCGAGAGCAACGGAGUUUCUUCAUCCUCACCAUCUGUGGCACUGAAUCCCGCCACCAACCAAUCCCCGUCACUCAUCUGCCCCGUUGGCCUGGACAUCCUGGCCUCAGCUGGCCUGGGGCUGAGCAAUCUGGGUUUCCUGGGUGCGACGGCAGCCCACUCCCUCACCAACUCUGCUGCCCCAAACGCUGUCCUCAACAGCUUAAACUCCUCCAUGAGCCCUCUGCAGACCCCAAGCCCAAGCACCCCCACACCCUCCCCCUCCCUCUGGCCCAGUUCACUCACCAGUACCCAAGGCUUCUCAUCUCAACUAAUGCUACACCCUGCCACCCAGGCCACCCUGAGUAGCAUCCUGCUGUCAGGCGUGCAGGGUUACACACAGAGCACACCAUCCCCUCCACCUGGCCUGGCCCCCAUAGACAAGCAGCCCAACGGGGUCUCUGACUGCACCAAAGGCCCCUGCACUCUCAACGGUCAUGUCAAGCACCCUGGCUCAGUCUAUGGGAGGAUAGCGACUGCAUCACUUGCAGAAACUGUCUUGAGUCCAGCCCCAUGUGACUCGGUUCAAGAGGCCAGCGGACACAAUCCAUCAGAACCACUGUCCAGCAAGUCCAGCCCUGAUGAAGGCUCUGACACAUUUGUGGAAGUGGGAAUGCCCAGAAGCCCCUCUCACUCAGCCAAUGGGAGUGAGCUGAAGCAGAUGCUGGCUUCAUGUAAGACGUCAUCAGGGAAGCGACAAGCUGUGGAGCUCCUGCAGGGCACCAAGAACUCCCAUCUACACUCUGACUGUCUCCUCUCGGAUGCUGAGUCCAGUUCAUCAGACAGUCCUGUAGCUGAUAAGAGAGCGCCGGGUAGUGAGCGAGCAGCUGAGAGGGCAGCACAGCAGAACGAGAGGGAGAGAAUCAGACUGGCACCACAGACAUCCUUCGCCAACAUGCAGGCAUUUGACUAUGAACAGAAAAAGCUGCUAGCAACCAAAGCUAUGUUGAAGAAGCCUGUGGUGACUGAAGUGCGGACUCCCACCAAUACUUGGAGUGGCCUUGGUUUCUCAAAGUCCAUGCCAGCCGAGACAAUCAAGGAGUUGCGGAGAGCCAAUCAUGUUUCAUACAAGCCCAGCAUGAGCACCACCUACGAGGGGUCCCCGCUGUCCUUGUCUCGAUCCAGCAGCAGGGAAGGCGUGGGAAACGGCAGUGACUCCGACAACUGGCGAGAGAGGAACGGCACCGGUAACGGUCUGCCGAGCCACACCGAGUUCCCCACUGCUGUCAGCAGCCCAAAGAGGAAGCAGAACAAAUCUGUUGCAGAGCAUUAUCUCAGCAGCAGCAACUACAUGGACUGCAUCUCUUCGGUAACCGGCAGCAACGGCUGCAGCCUGAACUCGUCUCUGAAAGGUUCGGACCUGCCUGAGCUCUUCAGCAAGCUGGGCUUGGGGAAGUACACGGACGUCUUCCAACAACAAGAGAUUGACCUCCAGACAUUCCUGACUCUAACAGACCAGGACCUGAAAGAACUGGGCAUCACCACCUUCGGAGCCCGCAGGAAAAUGCUGCUCGCCAUCUCAGAACUAAACAAAAACCGGAGGAAGCUAUUUGAGCCACCCAUCAGAUCCUCCUUCCUGGAGGGGGGAGCAAGUGGUCGCCUCUCCCGUCAGUUUCACGCAGACAUGGCCAGCGUCAGUGGGCGAUGGUAGGCGCCUCCAGACCUCCAGGCUAUCCCAGAACCGUCCAUUAUGGAGACAAGCCUCCAGUGUCCUUCUGUGCCUCAGCAGCCCAAGUUUCAUCAGUUGUUUACCCUCUUUCAGCUUCAGCUGAAUUAAGACUGUUCAAAAUGUUGUCGUUGCCAUAUAGUAUAAAGAUAUAUGAAAAAAGCCAUAGUUUUACCUGAAGUGCCAACAAGAAAAAAAGGGAUUUCUCAGAUACCUGAGGUUCAGUGUUCACUCCUUAUAGAGCCAUUAAGUCUAUGUGGAGCAUUUAUAUAUGAAGGUUGUUAUUAUGGUUCCGAAGAAGGGUACUGUUCAGUAUUUCUGUCCACUUUUUUUUGUUCAUGGAACAGGCAGAAUGAUUAGUACAAUCAUUUUACACAUUGAUACUACCUGCUUUCGUACUAUGCUGUUGUAUCAGUGACAUGCACUUUAAUAAUACUAGACUUUUGCCUGUGAAAGCCUAAUUCCUUAGAUUGAAAUAAUAAUGAUAACUAUGCAUUGUUUUUGACUAAAAGCACAGAUGCAUUUUGUACCAAGCCAAAUGUCAGCACUUAGCCAGCGAGAUUAAGGCGACACCAAAUGAAGUGUAAAAUAGGUCAGCACACCAAAGUGGUGACUUCAUCAACUUUAUCAAAUAUACCAAAGGAAAGUACCAUUGUGGCCUUUGACCUUAGGCUGCCUUCAGUGUUUUGAUCGGUGGACAUUCCUCUGAGGUCAGUGUUAGGGUCCAACAGCCACCGCAGCUGUCUGUGUAUUUCUAGACAAAACAAAAAAAAAAAAAAUCUAAUAUUUUGUACUCAUUAUGCAUUACAAUUUUAUUUUUAGUUUUUAUUACCAUUUUAGGGGAAUGGGUGGGAUGUUUAACGGUAAUCAGUUUACAUAUGUAUUUUUUAUACGUUCAUGAAUGAGUUUAUAUGAUUUUGUAAUUAGAUUAUUAUUAGUGUCUUUUACUUUUUUCUGCCCCUUAAUCUGUGGAGCCGUAAUAUGGCUGUGCCAUUAGACAGCAGCAGAGAUAUGAGGCAGUUAGGCUAAGCUUUAUAGGCCUCUCUCUGAUUGUGUCAACAGGCACCACUUUCUGUGGUUUUCCUUUGCUGUUUGUUUAUAGUACAUGGUCUUUUAUCUCAUUUGUUAUUUUUGUCAGUGUUGGCCUCCCUGUGGCCCCUUCUGUAUGCCUAAAAAUCUCACAAAGCACUCCUUCAUGUAUCCGGAACAUGAGUUGCUACGCUAGAACUGUGUGCCUUUUUUUUGUCUUCCUAUUCACUGGUUGUCCCAUUUAGAGCAAGGAAAGUCCUUUAACAGAGCAAGGCCAUGACUUUGUAGCGAAAAGUGCCAAUGUACAUAACUAGUUUUUCAGCAGGGAGAUAUUUCGCUAAGAACACUAAUAUUUUGGUCUGAAUUUGACCUUACUCUCCAAAAAGGAGGUGCAUCACACAAAGAACCAGUUUAUUCACAGCCAACUUGUUUCAUAUGAGCAUUUCUACCAGAGACGCCAAUCAGAAACCAAAACCAUCUGAAGGAAUACGAGAUUUAAGAUGAAAACAAAUAAAAAUCAGGAAUUUUCUAGUAUCAGUCGGGCAGUCUAAUAUCCAGAAAAACCUGGUUAAGCACUGUUUAAUGAAGUAACAGGAUUAUGUAUGCAUUAGCAGAGUUUAUCAUCAAAAGUUUUUGUUGUUCUGGGCUUCUGUAUCAUGUUCAGUCAUGUGUUUAGAAAAGGAAAUCGUCCUUUCCAACAGUUCAUUAACUUUGGAUAACUGAUAUGUUUUUUUGUGUGAUGUUCUUAAGAUUUAUCUUAGGAUUUAACCUACAAGCCAAUCCAUUUUCAAGGUCCUUAGAAUUUUGUAUCAAGUGCAAUUAAGAGCCUUUUUGUAAAGUUUUUUUCUUUUUUUUGGGAAAAUUUGUUUAUAUUUUCAGUACAGUAAGUAUUAAAGCUAAGACUGAAGAAUUUCUUAUCUUAGUUUAAAUGAGAGUACAGUGUAUAAAAUCUAUUGGGUAUGUAGAGGACGCUUCUGAGAAAUUAUCACCUGUCGAGUGCAUGAAGAUUUAUCUCGACAAACUAUGACAGAAAGUAACAGCAGUCCUCAUAUAAUCUCAAACAGAGAAGUCAACAAUUUGUUGCCUCUCUUCAAUUCACAAUGAUUUCCUUUAAGGUGAUCUGUUGUUUAUCGUGUUUUAACCACUUUCCACCCUCCCUUGCUUCUGAUUUGAGCCAUUCUCAAUGUGGUUGUCAAGUUAAUAACACUAUACUAAAUAAUAUUCUGACAUGGUUGCCGACGCCAACCAGGUACUUGUCUUUUUUUUUUUCUUGAAGUCUUAAAAAUAAGAGAUUGAGAGGGAGAUAGCUAAUCUAGAAAGGGAAUCUUUAUCCUGAGAGGAAACCCGGGGCCGGUUCGCCCCCACUCAUCAUGGUACUACAUUGAAACUGUUGAGCACUGAUUCUCCCAGUGCUGUGACUCGUGUUCUUGCCUAGCAGACAUUUGUUUUCAUCCCUAGCCAAGUUCACCUUGUUCGGAUGUGUUUGCUCGGGGGGCAGUAGAGGUUCUUGUCUUAUCAAGUGAAUGUUGUUUUAAAAAAUAUUGAUGCAUGUUAUUGCAGAUUUAUUGCGGAUCAAUGAAGGGACUGUUGUGGAAAAUAAAGAUGGAUUCACAGAGAGAGAA